CAAACACGGUUGUUGAUCACUUACAGACACACACACACUUUCAUAAGAACACACACACACUCUUCACUGGACUCUGGACUGACCACUUGAGGAUACAUCCCUCAGGAAUCUGUUUCCCAUCAUGCACCAGCGGAGCCUCUCAGAGCUCCAGGGGGUCUCUACACAGCGGGGGGCCUCGACCCGACGGACUACCCAGGAUCGAGCCUCGAGGAGCUCCAGGCUGCUGAGUAGGGGGUCCAUGCGCCGCUGCCUCUGCCCGCCAAGGGGAGCUCCUCUCUGGGCAUGGCUGCUGCUGAGUGCCCUGGUGGUUCCCGGAGCCUGGAGCUUUCUGAGCGAGGAGCAGGAGGAGCUGCUGGUGGAGCUUCACAACCACUACAGAGGACUGGUUUCGCCCAGCGCCUCGGCCAUGCUGCCUCUGAAAUGGGACCCGAGCCUGAAGUUGCUCGCAGAGGGCUACGCCACUAAAUGUGUGUGGAACCACAACCCAGAAUUGGAGGACACCGGAGAGAAUCUGUUCGCCGGCACCGGGCCUCUGGACCUCAGAGAGGCUCUGGAGAAAUGGUUCCUGGAGCACCUGGACUAUGACUUCCACAACAACAGCUGUGACGAAGACAAGAUGUGUGGACACUAUACACAGAUGGUGUGGGCAGACACACACAGAGUCGGCUGUGCCUUCCAUCUCUGUAACAGUAUGGAGGGACUGGAUUGGGAGAGAGCCUCCUUUCUCGUCUGCAACUACUAUCCAGCAGGGAACUAUGAAGAUGAGAGGCCGUAUGUAGAGGGUGACUGGUGCUCAAGAUGUCCUGAAAACCUGCAGAAAUGUGAAAACAACCUGUGUGUUGCUGACACUGUGGAGGAGGAAGAUGAAGAAGAGUGGUGGCCAACUCCUCUUCCUACAGCAACGUCCGAUCCCUCCCUUCAGCUUGGACAGGAGGAAAAUGAGGAGGAGAGGGUCGUUCCUCCUCCGAGAACAACUGAUGUCCAGCCCGCGACCACCUCCACCUCUGCAUUGGACUCUGAGGACAUGAUUUUACCAGACACCCCUGCCCCGGGCACAACCCCUCCAGAACUCCCCUCAGCAACACUGGGAGAGGAGAAAAAGGUUGGAGAGAAGAUGGAGGAGGAGGAGAAGAAAGAGGAGGAGGGGGAGGAGGGAAAGGACACUAUGGAUAAGCCGGAGGGAGAAAGGGAAAAAGACAUCGCACGAAAAAGACACCAGAGUGUGGAAGUUAAUAACAAUGCUGGUUUAGUAUCAUCACUUUCCCUCCUUUUAGCCUGUCUGACUGGGAUCCUGACUCUGAGGCUGUGAGGGUGAAGAGGAGGAGGAGGAAGAGGAGAAAAGAGGAGAAAAGAGGAGACAAUAUGUUCACCUCACCUCACCACUCUUGCAUUGACUGCACAUUACCUUGUUAAUCCGCCCUGUGGUAACAAACAGUCCCCCCCCCCUUCCCCUGCAGAGCAAAAUGGGUCAAUUAAUAAUUCACACUCAUCAGAAACAAACAGCUGCCAUUUUCACAACAUCUGCACGUAGUCUGGACUCACAUCUGGGUCACAUAAUGUUUUAUAACCUGCUUCAACCUGCCUGGAAUACAAAACACUUGAUUGCCACUAAGUUAAAGUCACUCACAACUACUAAGUAUGUUGUUUUCAUGUAGAAGAAACACACUGACAUCUAAGAAACAAUUGAAAAACAACACAACUGUACUUGAGGGAAAAACUACUUAUUGAUGAACAUGGGGUUUAUGAGGUGAAGCACGAUGUGAUUCUGACCUUAUUCACUUUGAUGAGACGAUUGUGAGAUGAGAAAGUCAAUAUCAGUCUCAUAUCUAUUAAGAUGGAGUCAGGACGUGGUUAGCUUAUCUUAUCUUAUCUUAUCUUAACUUAGCUUAACGUAAAUACUGGAAACAGGAGGAAACAGCUAGC